AUGUCUGGGGGUUACUCUGGUUCCUUUCCUCACAGCUGUCACACUCCAGUUCUGUACAGCGAGGUGUCGGUGAACCAGAGCAUGGAUGUUGCCACCUUGACGAAUCUUUUUUGGGGGGCCUGCCGAAUGGUUAGAGAGCAUUGCAGCGGAAACGCAGUGCUCUCUUCACAUUCAUCAACAAAACGAAAAGAGAUAGUUGGCGCACACCUCCCUCAAGAGAUUGAAUCACAUUCCAAGCGGAGGAGUCAUAACAAGACAGAGUGGCGCCAGUCGAACUUCUGGCACCCCACAACACAUAGCAUUGGGGGAUCUGCGUUGCACAGUCCGUAG